AUGGGCGUGGUGGACGAGGAGAAAGACGCCGCCGCGGAGGACGCCUCCUCCUCCUCCUCAUCCUCCUCCUCCUCGUUCAAGUCCGCGCUCGGGAAGGUCGCGGCGAGCGCGUUGGGCAGAGCGUUGCCGCUUCUGAUGCGCGCGCGGCACGGCGCCGGGUUAGUGUGCGUUCGAUGGGCCGAGGCGCAAGCCGCGCUCGCGUCGUUCCUCCCGGCGCACGUCGUCCAUCUCGACGCGAGCGUGGACGCGAUCGACGUGAUCGAGCGCGCGGACGGGUCCGAGAGCGUGCGCGUGACGUUCGCGCGGAGGGACGGGUCCGCGUACGUCCCCGGCGCGGGAGAAGGAUUGACGAUGAUGACGGCUGGCGACGACGCGGCGACGCUCCACGCGGUGCACGCGGACGUUCUCGUCGGCGCCGACGGCAUCAACAGCGCGGUCAGGGCUGGCGUCUUGGGCGAUGGCGCGCCGCGGGAUAACGGGCGGGUCAUCUGGCGCGGCGUCGUCGACGCGCGCGACGUUUCGGAUCUCGGGAGUGACAGUUCGUAUCCGGAGUUUUGCCCGAGAGGCGCGACGGCGCUGAGCGCGUCCAAGGACAGCGCCGUGGGGCGAACGACGUGCUACAUGGACGUGUCUUCGAAGGACGGGAAGCUGUACUGGGCCGCGGGGUGUUUAGACGCUGGGAUCACGGAGGUCACGCCCGAGACGACGACCACGGAGAAUACGAACGGUCGCGGAGGAUACGAACGGUCGCGAUGCGCGGCGACGUUCGCGUCGUACCCCGACGUGUUGCGAUGCCUCGACGCCACCGCCGACGACGCGUUGUACGUCAGCAGGGUCCUCGACCGACCGCCGCUGUUCCCCGCGUCGUCUCAGACGGAAAAAUUCGCCGGCCCGGUGACGCUGCUGGGCGACGCCGCGCACCCGGUGAUCCCGUCGUUCGGUCAGGGCGCGAACCUCGCGCUGGAAGACGCGGUCGAGCUCGCGGUCGCGUUGGCGCCGUUCGCGACGGUCGCCGUCGACGCGGACGCUUCGUCGUCGUCGUCGUCCGCGAGGAACGAAGCCCUCAAAGCGACGCUGCGCGCGUGGGAGACGACGCGCCUGACGCGCACGUCCGAGGCGCAGAUCGCGAGCUUCAUCAGCGGGAGCAAAUCGUACGGCGAGGAGAAGCUCAAGAGCGCGAUGGCGGACGCGGGGAUCGACGAGGCGGCGUUGCGGGCGCACAGAGAAAAGUUCCCAGACGCGAACGCGACGCAGGAAUAUCUCAUCUCGUGGUCGCCCUCGUGCGGAGUCGCGACGACCUUGCCGGAGUUGAAUCCGAAGGCGGCGAUGGCGCUGGCGAUGCGCGCCGCGAGUGCGAGGAAAUGCGACGCGGAGAAGCUGAGCGACGACGUGAUGGGGCGACGCGCGGCGUGCGUCGGCGUCGGCGCCGCCAUCGGCGCGGGCGUCUUUUCGCCGUCGCCGCCGCCUCGAGCGGCGGCCGCGUCGGUACCGAAACCGGAAUAUGAAACGUCGAUCGUCACGUCGACGACGACGUACGCGGGCGACGGGUUCCGAAUGACCCUCCCGGUUGGGUGGACGACGGCGGAGCAGCCUGGGGUGUCGCAGAGCCGCGUCGCGUUGUUCGACGCGUCGGGCGCGAAGGCGGCGACGAUCUUCCUCGAGCCGACGGCUUCGAUGGCCAACAAAGGCCUCGCGUCUCUGUUCGCGGACGCGACGGAUUUUGGUCUGAAGGCGGCGGGGCGCAGGAACGGGUCGCUGGCCGCGGCGAGGAACGGGAGCGCCGACGGCGUGUACAUCGCGGAGGGGACGAACGCGAGAGGCGACGCGCCGUGGGUCGAGAUGAUCGCCGUGGGAUGCCGCUCCGGCGAAAACGCGAAAAAGUUCAAUCUGUCGCAGACGAUUCGCGUGGUGUCCGAGGCGUCCGUCGGCGUCGGCGUCGGCUCCGCCGAGGUCCUCGACGGGCUGCGCGCCGUGAUGGAGUCGUUCGAGCUCACGGCGGGGGCGUCGUGCGAGGCGUCGCGGUGA